AUGUUUAACAUCCUGGAUUCUUUAGACAUUAAUUAUCUGUCACUUAUUUCCAUUCUCAUUUUGGUAUCAUUAAUUAUUUACGGUUUAAUUCCAGUGAUAAAACUAUUCCGUUGCGGCUAUAACCACCCCUUUCCCUUACCAUUCUUUGGUACCAUCAUAUGGGUAUAUUUUAAGGGCUAUCAAAAAUGCUACAUAGACUGGAACCGUAAAUAUGGACAAUUUUAUGCCGUUGCUCAAGGCCAAACUUUUGUUUUGAUGGUAAGCAAUCCUGAUUACCUCAAGGACAUUUUGGUAAAAAGUUUUUCCAAAUUUUCUAACCGGAGAUUUUUUGAAAUCUCUAAUAAAUUAAUCCGUAAAUCAAUUUUCAUGACUGAAGACGAAGAAUGGCGCUUGUUAAGGAAGCUCAUAUUACCUACUUUUACCUCUCACAAAAUGAAAUUCAAUAUAUUUCCGCUAAUUCUUAGAUGUGCCUCUCAAAUGGUCGGUCACUUAAAAAACUCGAUAAAUGGCGAUCUAAAUUCCAUCCAAAGCAAUAAGAAUUAUGAUGAUAAAGAAACUACAAUCGUCCAAACCAAAGACAUUUUUGGUUGUUACACUAUGGAUGUGAUCGCUUCUACCUCUUUUGGAUUGGAUCUAGAUUCUCAGAAAGAAAAUAAUCAUGCUUUUGUCAGGUAUUUCGAAUCUAUAUAUUUAAAUUAUGUUUAG